CUUGAAAUGUGGAACAUGCCUUCGGUCAAUAAGCCUUGUUGUCUCGAAUAUGACAUCGCAAACGUCAAUUUUGCUGAAGAAUUGGAUAAACUGAUUAACUACGAGAUUAACGAUGCAGCAUGCUUUUAUGCACUUUACGAUAACGAAAGUGUUCCACCUGAUCGAGGCUUCGAAGAUUUUGGUUGUUCCUUCCCGAUCUACGACACUGGAAGUGUUCCCUAUUUCCCGAAUGAAACCGAAAAUGGCCGUUAUGUGAACUUUGAACGCGAAAAUGAAAAUUUCUUCUUGAGUGGUGAAAAUCCUAGUAGUGUGUUUCCAUGCGAAUAUUCGUCCAUUUGUGAUUAUAACAAUGUGUUAAGAGUUUUGGAUGUGUGUAAGCAGAGGAAACUUGGUGAAAAAUUGAAAAAAUGGAAUAAUGAGAAGCGCAAGGAGAAGUCGAGAGAUGCCGCCAGAUGUCGCCGUUCCAAAGAAACGGAAAUAUUUGCUGAUUUGGCCGCAGCAAUUCCUGUCUCACAGGAACAGGUAUCGCAGCUGGAUAAAGCCUCGAUCAUGAGAUUGGCCAUUUCGUAUCUUCGUGUCAGAGACAUGAUAAACCUAAUUCCCGCACUACCUGGACUAGAGGAAGAUGUCAAAUCGGAUGAUUCAACGUUCUUGAAAUCCUUAGACGGAUUUCUCCUGGUUCUGUCUAAUGAUGGGGACAUCGUUUAUCUAUCGGAAAAUGUCAGCGAUUAUCUAGGAAUUGGCCAGAUCGACUUGAUGGGCCAAAAUAUAUUUGAUUAUAGUCAUCCAUGCGAUCAUGAGGAAAUCAGAGAACUAUUCUCGGAUAAAGUGAAAAACGAAGGAAAUGAUUCUCAGAAGUCUUUCUUCAUAAGAUUAAAGUGUACCUUAACAAGUAAAGGAAGAUCUGUUAAUUUGAAAUCGGCAACCUACAAGGUUCUGCAUCUCAAAGGACAUAUUUUGAGGCCUGAAUGCAGUCAGAAUGAAAUUGAUAACAAACUGAAGAAUUGUUUUGCAGCCAUUGCAAAUCCCAUACCUCAUCCCUCAAACAUUGAGGAACCCCUGCCAAAACAAACAUUUGUCACUAAACAUAGUUUGGAUAUGAAAUUUAUUCAUGCCGAUGAUGAAAUAAUGAAAAAUGUCCUUGGAUACUACGAGGAAGAGCUUCUAGGAAAGUCGGUCUAUGAAUAUCACCAUGCUAUGGAUAGUGAUUCCAUAAUUUCUGCAUACAAAUGCUUAUUUUCAAAAGGACAAUGUGAAACAACAAAGUACAGAUUCCUGGCGAAAAAUGGUGGAUACGUUUGGGUAUUGACACAAGCAACUUUGAUUUACGACAAGACAGGCAAAGCGCAAAGUGUAGUCUGUGUUAAUUACGUCAUAAGUGGCGUUGAAUGCGAAAAUGAGCUAUAUUCGGCCUGUCAGUUAUCUUGUGUGACGGAAGACGAUCUAUCGACCAAGAUCGAGGACUCUGAGGUGGUACUUCUCGAAGAGGUACCUCUCGAAGUGGAAGACGAGGAUACGGACAGCUCCGUCGACUGUUUGGACGGUGACGGUCUUCUGGGACCGAAACGCAACACUCAGAAGAUCCUGACGCAGAGAACCGAGGAGAUGAGCAGAGGUUUCCUUACGUUCACCGAGGAUUCUGGACUGACAAUGUUGAAAGAAGAACCGGACGAUUUGACACACUUAGCUCCGGUAGCAAGUGAUGUAUGCGUUCCUCUGGAAGAUCAUCCCUUCCUAUCGGAAGUUUUCGAUGACCUUCUACUGAAAGAAAACUUCAACCCACUCAUGAUGGACGAACCGUUGGACCCGUUCAUAUCCUACAGGGACACAUAUGACAUGUCGCCAGAACUUCUGUCGCCAACAUUGUCAAAGAACUAUGACUCCAGUCUUCCCUCCCUGAACAGCCCGAGCAACUCGCUGGGUGAAGAUGACCACAUUUCCACUUUCGCCAACUAUACCGUAGACGACGACAAACUAGAGUCUACGUUAAGACCGGCGUCUCCCUACAUUCCAAUGACCAUGGACGAUUUGCCCCUGUUAUUAUCUUCAUCUAAUGAUCUCAUGUGGAGCAACAGUAGCAGUCCCGUACCACCAAGUCCCACCAACAAGUCCGCAAAUGACUCCUCAAGUUUGGCUCAGUUGUUGUCGACGACGGUCAAAACGACGAUGAAGUCAAACACAUCAGAUCUAGGUCAAUCGAUAAGGUCGGAAAGCAGCACAUCACACAGUAAUAAGCGUUCCAUGUCCAGCAGUAGCUCUGGCCUGUCGAAUAAGAGGAUGAAGACCGAGCAGCAGAAAGAAAAGGUCUCAUCUGAACUCUUCCAACAAUUAAUUUCGAAUAACAGUACAAAUAGUCGAGGUCGACCGAAAAAGUCGAGCUGGUUAUUGGACAGUCAGAAGGCCACUUGCGUGAGCCAACCUAGCGAUAGCGUCCUUAUGAACUUAUUGGAAAACACCAAAACAAUAUCAUGGAAGAAGAAGGUCACUCCAACUUCUGGCUCGAAUUUACAUCAUUACCUGCUGAGAGUAAACUCCAAAUCUCUUCUGGUACCAGAAACCCAACACCAACCCAUUACUUCUCUCUUGACUCUCACUGAUAGAGACUACGAAGUAAAUGCCCCUGUAAACAGUAGUCUACUGCAAGGAGAAGAUUUAAUUAAGGCUUUAGAGAUCUGCGACACCAUUUAGCUAGAACAGACACCCAUAGAGGAAUAAAUAACUAAAGGCUGUAGUGUGAGCAUCAUGGACGUUAAAGUUGUUACUAAUGUUUAUAAUAAAUCAGAGAAAUUAUUUUUGGAAAGAAAUGCGGCAUUAAGUCUCUUGAAGAUGAUCAGUAUCAUGGUUAAUAGAAUAUAAACGCAAUAUCUCUUUUCAAUGAUUCUAAUGAAUACAACAAAAAUACAUAUUUCUAAAUUAUCAUUUACAUAGAAAUAGAAACCAAAUAGUUGUUCUAAAAUAAAGAAAAAUAUUAAUACUGAAAAUAAAAAUUAUUUUUAUUUACUAUUCUGUUUCAUAUAUGUAUAAGAAACGGAAAUAGUUUUCCAGUUCCAGUAACAAUCGGCUAAUUUCCCAACACAACCAAAAAAUAUUUCACCAUGAAAUAUGUCAAAGAGAAAUAUAAUUGUAACAUCGAAUUCAUGAAACUCUUGUUCGAUUAAUAAACAAAUUUCUUUGACUUCUUCAUCUUCAAUAGAACACUAGUAAUGCAAAAAUGGAUAUUAUAUGAGAAAUUUAUGGGUGGUUAAAUUUUAUAUAUUAGGAGAAAAAUAAGUAUAGGAUAAGAUACUCGUACUGAGUAAGCUUUUUUUAUAUUUUUUUUUUGUUUUAUAUUUUUGUUGAUAUCAAAAACUAUUUGCUCAAAUUGAACUCCACUCUAAUAUAUAAAAUAAUAUACAAUAUACAAACCAAUUAAAAUAUAUGCAUGAGGCUCAAUUUUCAAACGACACAUUUCUGAAGUAUUGUAACAUGUGACACUUAUGCCUCUUGCAUGUCAAAGAAAGCUUACUCAUUGGCAAGGACCUUUGAAUGCAUAAAUAAAAAUAUAGGCCCCAUUUUGUUGGAAAUAUCAAUGCUCCUUUUUAUAUCCAGAUGGAAUUGUACGCUCAUGAGACACCAAAUAUAGAUUGUAACUUCACAUUGCAUUUUAAUUAUCAGUUAUUUAUUAUCAUUUUCUAGUAUUCGUUUUUUAUAUAACUAUAUUUUUAUGUGGAAGAGUUUAUUGAUAUCGCUACCUUGAUCUUUUUUGGAGAUUUCUAUUGAGUCUCGUUAAGUCACAAGCUCUCUUGAAAAAUUGUGGGUAAGGUUAUAAUUAGAGGCAUCAAAUAUAUAAGAUUAAAAUAUAAAAUAACCCAAUACAAUGGAUUGCAAUAUUUUUCUACCUUUAAAAUAUAACUAGAGUCUACUAUGUUUGAUGCCAUUUUAUUUGUGUCUCAUUCAUCUUAUGUCUGAAAGAGUUGAAAACUGCCAUGUUACGGAUAGAAUAUUAAUGCUGCAGCAUAUGUACAUUGUUCAGUCUAUUUCAUUUAGGUUAAGGGAAUUUUGAACAGGAUUUUUUUUAAAGAUAAAACUAUAUUGUUGAGUUUAACAAAUUCAAUAUAUUGAAAAGAAAUGCCCAUUAGUAUCAGUUACUUUUAUUAUUUGUUGAUAUUUCAAAUUCUUAUUCAGUAUAUGUGAUUUCAAUAUUCUAUUUAUCCAUAAACCUUGAGGACCUUGUAAUAUUUUGUGAUAGAGAAUUAACAGAUGAAAAUAUAUUAUCUUGUGGGCAUAGUAA